AUGUCAUCAUUUAUGUUCUGCUCCGUUUUCGGUUCAUGUCAUGACGAGGACGAAGGGCUUCCAUGUGUUCAUGAUGAUAACACAAUUUGCGCAGAUAAAUCUUGUUUCUGCGUUUCUGGGACUCACGUGAGAGCGGGCAAAUGUUUUAAAGAUGGAACAUUUGGUGGAUUGUGUAGUGAGCUCAACGGUGAAACGUGCCAGCUCGAUGCGAACGCUGAGUGUCAGAAAGGAGUUUGUGUUUGUAAGAAGGAUUCUAUCCCAUCUAAUGGAAUUUGUACAGCAGAGGAGAUGUUUGGAGGACGGUGUCGAGGUAAAGAUGGACAGACUUGUAUGAAGGAUGAUAAUGCAGAAUGUGUGCACGGUUUAUGUAGAUGUAAAUAUGGUACAACUGCUAUAGGGAAAUUAUGCCUGAAAGAUGAGAGCUAUCAAGGUAGAUGUAUCGGGGAUGAUGGCGACGCAUGUGUGAAUGACCAACACGCUGAAUGCUUGGACAAGGUCUGUGUUUGCAAGAAAGGGGCAAGUGCAGUCAAUGGAAGUUGUGUUUUAGAUGAAAAAUAUGGUGGUAGAUGUUGGAAUGGCGAAGGCACACCUUGUAGACUCGACAAAAAUGCUAUUUGUAUAUCUGGUAUGUGCACAUGUAGAUCUAAUACCAGGAUUAUGAAUGGCAUAUGCCGUAUAGAUGGUGCCCCGGAAGGUAUGUGCGUAAAAGGCAAUUGCCAUGGGAAGAAUGUUGACUGCGACUCUAUGUCAAACACGUGCAAAUGUAAGGUAACACAUUUUCCGUACGCAGGGAAGUGUGUGAAAAAGUAAAAGGCUGCAAGAAAUCCAUAAAAUAAGAUGUGCAAUACCAUAGUUUCACAGGCACAGCAUGAUCUAUUAAUCAUCUACGAUUGACUAGAAAAAAGAGGAAAAUGUUUGAUGGAAAAAAGCUAAAGCAAUGGGCAUUCAAUAAUGGAAGACUCAUGAAUGAAUGAAAGACGGACUUUUAAGAACUGCGUUUGUAUAUCAAUGCAUCAGGAACUGAGCAGAAUAUUCUAUUCUUUAUGUAGGAAUUAUCGUAUGUAAUAUUCGCUAAUUAAUCAAAUUUAUUAUUUUGAGGCCAAAUGUUUGAUGUCAAAACAAACAUGAGUGCACUAACAAAUGUAUAAUGAUCUCUUUUUCACAUCAUAAGUUAUUUAAACGUUUUAACACUAUGUUUUUCUUUAAAAAAAUGUUGAGCUUUUAAACAUUUAGAUUUAACCUUUUUAAAUGUGAAAUAAAGGAGAGUUUUUAAUUUUUUAUGAAAUAUAAAAUUCAGUAUCAUUAUGAUGUUUAAAUGAACACACUUGGUUUUUUACUUUAAAAAUUAAAACCAUUUUUCGUUGCCCAAUUUUGAAUUUUAUCUAAAUUUUGUUGAGGUUAAGAUACUUUUGGUAUAUAGCAUAUGAGAAAAUCGUUUAAAAAUAAAGAGCGAUCUACACAAGAAUUAGGAACUAUCGUCCAAUUCAAUCAAACCGAGUCUGCAGUAUUUUCAGUUUUGCCGUGUUGGGUUUUCUAUGGACAUUCUGUUGUUGCUUUUUUCUUCUAUUUUGAUUUGUUUGUUCGGGACUCAGAUACUGGAAACAAAGCGAGAUAGAAUACAAUAUAGAUGGUAGCGAAAUUUCAGACCCUGAUGUGCUUAUUUGCAAAAAACCGAAAUUAGUCCAAACUCCUCGAAGCGGUUACUUCCCUUUAUAUGUACUAAAACGCCGAAAAAUUAAGGGGAGAUCACUGUGUAAAGAUUGUCAAAUGACAGGCUCAUUAAUUUUCAAGCAUUCCCGGGGAAGAUAAAAUAGUUCCAGAUUAGUCGAAGAUUACUGAUAUUGUGUUAUUCUUUAUAGAUAUACAUGUACAUGCUUAUAUUAAGCUCCAUGAUUAUUUACAUCAGUGUUAAAACAACAGGUUUACCGUGAACAAAAUAUAUCGAAAUUAAUAAGGGUUACAAACCCUAAUUUAGAAUAAUGUGGUUUUCUUUAGGCCAUUACCUUAAAACUUCUCCUUGGUCGAGGGGUUAACACGUUCGCAUAGGAAGCGAGCGGUCUGGAGUUCAAAUUCCAGUUAAGGCAACUCAUGUUUUUUGUGUGUGUGUUUUUUUUAAUUGUUUAAGCCAAAUAAAUAUUGAAUUGAACAUCAGUGUUGCAAUUAGUCUUAACGCAUUCUUUGACUUGGGGACCAUACGCCGCUUUUCAUGAAAUGACACUACUGUGUCACAUUGAAGGUUCCAUGAUAACCGCCGUAUGAACACAUCUGCGGAUGUUUCUAAAUUCAAAAUUCACCAUUUUUUGUGUUAAAAUGUUGAAUUCUGCUUAAGCCGGUGCUAGGGGGCGUGGACGGUAACUUGCACUUUACAGUACCGUCCAUGAACAGGCUCAAUCCAACCGAGCCUGCAACAUUUUCAAUUUUGUUGUGUUGGACUUUCUUUAGGGAUUCUGUUUUACUCUAAUUUAUAGCCAAUUUACUAUAUUUAUAACACUGGAAACUCAAAACCUUCAACUUUCUGACAUUCUGAGACCCAAACA